GACCCGGUGGGCGGCCCUUUCGCAGCCGGUGCCCGCCGCCCCUUUGCAGGCGGUGCCGGGGCGGCGCCGGCGGCGGGGCCGGGCCGGGAGCGCGGGAGCGCCCGGGAGCCCCCGGGGACCCCCCGGGCACGGCGGGCACCAGCGCAGGCUGGAACUGAGCUCUGGAAAAACAAAGUGGAGCUUGGAGCAUGUGGCCUGAGGAUUGCCUUACACAGCCAGGGGUGGUAGCUAAGCAGUGAGCAGGAUGCCCCCAGGCAUUUACUGCCCUACGGAAUUUUGGUCCAAGGGGGAAAACCAGAACAUCCAGGUGGACUUUCUGCUGCCCACAGGAAUAUACUUAAACCUCUGUGUGCCCUGCAAUGCCAGCUUGGGCACCAUCAAGCAGGUGGUGUGGAAGCACGCCCAGUAUGAGCCCCUGUACCACAUGCUCAGCGACCCCGAGGCCUAUGUGUUCACCUGCAUCAACCAGACGGCGGAGCAGCAGGAGCUGGAGGACGAGCAGCGGCGGCUCUGCGACAUCCAGCCCUUCCUGCCCGUGCUGCGCCUCGUGGCUCGCGAAGGGGACCGGGUCAAGAAGGUCAUCAACUCCCAGAUCAGCCUGCUCAUUGGGAAAGGUUUGCACGAGUUCGACUCCGUUCAGGAUCCAGAGGUGAACGAUUUCCGCACCAAAAUGUGCCAGUUCUGUGAGGAGAGAGCAGCAAAGAGGCAGCAGCUCAGCUGGGCAGCCUGGAUGGAGUACAACUUCCCCUUGCAGCUGGAGCCCAUGGCCAAGGGCUUUGGGACUGGCUCUCUACAAACCCCCACCAAGAACAUUUUCGUCAACGUCAAGUUCCAGUCUGGAGGGGAGAGCUUCACUUUCCAGAUCUCCCCGAAGGAGUUCCCGGUCACGCUGAUGAGCUAUGCCAUCAAGAAGCAGGCGACUGUGUUCCGCCACGAGACGCUGCAGAAGCCCGAGGAUUACACCCUGCAGGUGAACGGGAAGUGGGAAUAUCUCUAUGGGAACUACCCCCUGUACCAGUUCCAGUACAUCCGCAGCUGCCUGCACCGAGGGCUGACCCCCCACCUGACCAUGGUCCACUGCUCUGCCAUCAUUGCCAUGAGGGAUGAGCAGACCAACUGCAUUGCCAGCCCCCCAAAGAUGGCUCCCAAGCCCCCCCCGCUCCCCAAGAAGAAGCCAAACUAUGGCUCUCUCUGGUCCUUAGAGCAGCCUUUCUACAUUGAGCUGGUGCAAGGCAGCAAGGUCAAUGCAGAUGAGAGAAUGAAGCUGGUGGUGCAAGCAGGGCUGUUCCACGGCAAUGAGAUGCUGUGCAAGACAGUGUCCAGCUCAGAAGUGAAUGUGUGCUCAGAGCCUGUGUGGAAGCAGAGGCUGGACUUCGACAUCAACAUCUGCGACCUCCCCCGCAUGGCCCGGCUCUGCUUCGCCCUCUACGCCGUCAUCGAGAAGGCCAAGAAGGCCCGUUCCACCAAGAAGAAGUCCAAGAAAGCUGACUGUCCCAUCGCCUGGGUCAACGUCAUGCUCUUUGACUACAAGGACCAGCUGAAAACCGGGGAGUGCUGCCUGCACAUGUGGUCCUCCUUCCCAGAUGAGAAAGGGGAACUUCUGAACCCCAUGGGCACGGUGCAAUGCAACCCCAACACUGAGAGUGCAGCAGCCUUGGUCAUCUGCUUCCCCAGCGUGGCAGCUCAUCCCGUGUAUUACCCGUCCUUCGAGCAGCUGCUGGAGUUGGGGAGGAAUGGAGAACCACCCCGAGCUGCACCAGAAGAUCCUGAGGAGAAGCUGCAGCUGAGGGAGAUCCUGGAGCGCAGGAGCCACACGGAGCUGUACGAGCACGAGAAGGACCUGGUGUGGAAGAUGAGGUACGACAUCCGCGACCAGUACCCACAGGCCUUGGCAAAGCUGCUCAUCAUCACCAAGUGGAACAAGCACGAGGACGUUGCCCAGAUGAUUUCCCUGCUUCAGACCUGGCCAGAGCUGCCUGUCCUGAAUGCCUUGGAGCUGCUGGAUUUCAGCUUUCCCGACCGUUACGUUGGUUCCUUUGCUAUCAACUCAUUGAAGAAGCUGACGGACCAUGACGUGUUCCAGUACCUGCUGCAGCUUGUCCAGGUGCUCAAGUACGAAUCCUACUUAGACUGUGAAUUAACCAAGUUCCUGCUGGACAGGGCCUUAUCCAACCGCAAGAUCGGCCACUUCCUCUUCUGGCACCUGAGGUCAGAAAUGCACGUUCCCGCUGUUUCCCUGAGGUUUGGGCUGAUCCUGGAAGCUUAUUGCAGAGGCAGCACCCACCACAUGAAAGUUUUGAUGAAACAGGGAGAAGCACUCAACAAGAUGAAAGCUCUGAAUGACUUUGUCAAAGUGAGUUCUCAGAAGGCCACCAAGCCUCAAACCAAGGAGAUGAUGCAUGUGUGCAUGAAGCAGGAAACGUACCGGGAAGCACUUUCCCACCUCCAGUCCCCCCUGAACCCCAACAUCAUCCUCGCCGAAGUUUGUGUGGAUCAGUGCACCUUCAUGGACUCCAAAAUGAAACCCUUGUGGAUUGUGUUUAACAAUGAAGAGACAGGUGGAGGUGGAGUGGGCAUUAUUUUUAAAAAUGGAGAUGAUCUGCGUCAGGACAUGCUGACCCUGCAGAUGAUCCAGCUGAUGGACAUCCUGUGGAAGCAGGAGGGCCUGGACCUGAGGAUGACCCCUUAUGGCUGCCUCUCCACAGGAGACAAGACUGGGCUGAUUGAGGUGGUCAUGCACUCGGACACCAUCGCCAACAUCCAGCUGAACAAGAGCAACAUGGUGGCCACGGCAGCUUUCAACAAGGACGCGCUGCUGAACUGGCUGAAGUCCAAGAACCCGGGGGAUGCUUUGGACCAAGCCAUCGAGGAGUUCACCCUGUCCUGUGCCGGGUACUGCGUGGCCACCUACGUGCUGGGGAUCGGGGACCGGCACAGCGACAACAUCAUGAUCCGGGAGACAGGGCAGCUGUUCCAUAUCGAUUUUGGUCACUUUUUGGGGAACUUCAAGACUAAAUUUGGUAUUAACAGAGAACGAGUUCCUUUCAUCUUAACCUACGACUUUGUGCACGUCAUCCAGCAAGGAAAAACUAACAACAAUGAGAAGUUUGAAAGGUUCAGGGGUUACUGUGAGAGAGCCUACAUGAUCCUGCGGCGCCACGGGCUCCUCUUCCUGCACCUCUUUGCACUGAUGAAAGCUGCUGGUCUGCCAGAGCUCAGCUGCUCCAAAGACAUCCAGUACCUAAAGGACUCCCUGGCUCUUGGGAAAACCGAUGAGGAGGCACUGAAGCACUUCAGGCUCAAGUUUAAUGAAGCCCUGCGAGAGAGCUGGAAAACCAAAGUGAACUGGCUGGCACACAACGUAUCCAAAGACAACAGGCAGUAGAGCAGCAGCACCUGCACAGCCGGGGACUGACCACCUGCACUGGGCCCAGCAUGUCAGACGGGCUGGGAAGGAAAGACUGGUGGAAUAUUCCCCCACCUGCAUUCCCAGAGAUCAGAGAGUGCUCCUCGACUGAAAAACUGUUGGCCUGUCCUCAGCCACCCCCCCGUGGCUGCUGCAGAGCUUUGGGGGACGAGGGAGAGACGUGAGGCAAUAAAAUGACUGCGUACAGUGAAAGGUAGGUAGAGGUGCUGUACCCUUAAGAACUCAUUAAGCUUCAAAUACAUCUUCUCAUGGAAGAGUUGAGGCAGUUGUAACAUCCUUCCUGUGUGCUAAUGUCUGUAUUUAUAUUUUCUUGAGAAUUUAGCUGAACAGAGACUUCCUCCCCCACCCCCAUCCCUGUAACCCAUCUUGCAGGUCACCACCAUUCCAGCUCAGAGGCAUUAACUGCAGCACUGCCCUGUGUCAGUGUCCACCAAGGUGGGGGGUCCGUUUAAAGAGCACUGGAGCUGUCUUGGACAAACAGUUCUAUUCUGCAUUGUGAUCCACACUGUCAUCCUGCUUUCUGUCUGCUCCAGAGGCCCAAGUGUUCUCAAACCGAGCUGGGACUCACCUGUUGCUGGACAAAACUGAUGCCACAACAGGAGGUUCAGUGGCCACUGGACCAGGUAGUUUCUUGGCUUUCCCAAGUCAGGCUUUAGUUGAACCUUAAGCAAUUCCUGUAUCUAUUUUGGUCCUGAAAACAGGAAGAUUGAAUUUUCCAAAUUGGCAUGGAAUGUUGGUUGCUCCAAAUGCCUCCCGCUGGGGACAUCAGAGCUGGUUUGCCACCUGGUCUCCCUGUACCCUGUGUGUGCAGGGCAGUGCCCCCACCCCUCCACAGCCCCUGGGAUCCAACACUCAGCUCCAGAGGCAGCUGGCACAGAUGGCACCGUUCUGUGCCCAAGCUGCUGGGUCAGACUGCCCUCCUGGGCAGGGAGUGCCACAGGAGUGGGUUCAACACUGAAACACUUACAGAAGGUUGCAUCUCAACUCCCAUCUUCUUACAAAGGUACUCCCUGUUCUUUUCCCCUCUCCCAGCCAGGGUACAGACCCUGCCCUGCUCUGAGAGCUGCUGGUAAGGUCUGAGGGGCUGAGGGAGUUCAGCUGUGCCAGUGCCUGAAGUGGGACACGGUGUCCCCUCCAGCCUCCUCCCCUCCCCACGGCCUCCUCCGUCUCCUUCCCUCCCACAGGGUGCUGGGAUCACUCCCACAGUUCUGUUUGUGUCAUAGCUCUGGCUCCAGGUCACAGCCCCACCAGGAGCAGCUCUGGGUGCUGGUGGUGCCCAAGGACAGGGAGCAGGAGCCACUGCUGGGGACAGGAGAGUGGGCAGGACCUGCUUCCCAUGACAGUUCCUUGGCUCCUUCCUUCCACUUCCCCACCUUCUCCACACAUCAGGUUCCUGUGGAGGUACCACCAUUCCUGCCUCUUCAGGAACAGCAGAGUCUAAUUCUCCAGACACCCCCAAAGCUGAAUCCUGUAUUCAUUUAUUUGCCUUUAAUUAGGUUCAACAAUUUCCUUUUACACCCUGUAAAGAGGCAUUGCAGAUCCUGGUUCUCAGGUAACAACAGGCACAGGUGUUGUCAAAUGAUGGACUACACUCAUAAAUUUAGCUUCAAAUCUGCUUUAAAAUUCCCACAGAAGCAGCAAGUUUGGGAGACUGACCUGGCCUGUUCAAUAAAUCCUCCCUUCAUAAUCUAAAUUUGAUUUGAUUUUUGCACCCAGCACAUGGGUGCAACUCCUUCCUGACUUUAAGCUCUGUUUAAUACUUUAAAAUCAGAUACAUCAGUACUUUAAAAUUAAAAAAAAUGCUGCCCUAGAAUGGCUGUUUAAGUCAAAUCUGUCAGCUGGUGGAGAACAAAGUUAACACUGCUUUAUAAAACAGUAACUUCUUCUGUAAGUAGAAAUAAAUAGUAAUGCCAGGUUUGGUCAGUGAAGGGAAUAUAAAACACCUGGAAUAAACCCUUCUCUACCUUUAUAUCCAAACAGGCACUGGCAGUGUUACAGUUUCUAAUCUAAAUUGUGGUUUAAAGUACUUACUGUUUCUUUCCAUAGAAGAUGUUGAGCUGUGGGGUCUGCUCUGGUUUGUAGCCAUUCACACAAACCAAGCUCCUCUCGAGCACCUGUUGGUAGAAGCAGCAGUUCUGGCAUAGAAAGCACCCAAUUUUAAUUUUAUAGAACCCUUUCCCAACACCUUUCCAAUGAUCCAGGGUGUGACUGAAGCAGCACUCCAGCUCUGACAGUUGUUUUGGUACCAGAAGGAAAUUCAGAUCUCUUUGCAGACUGAUCAGGCAGCGAGAACAAAUCCUGUGCCUCUGCUCCACUUCAGAGAAUAAACAUUGCUGUUUCUUUCUUUAUUAAACUAAUUUACAGAGCAAAAAGUGGACAAAAAAAUAAAAAAAAAUCCCAGGCCCCAGGCAGGGUGAGAUGCUCUGAACCCACCCCUGGUCAGGUUUGUUGGUUCCUGGGGAAGGGAAGACACUACAGUCGUGUACCUGGAAUAGCAAUUCCCUGCUCUGAGGUACCUGCAUUCCAGGCUCCCAGCAGCAACCUUAGGCCCUCAUCCCAGAGUUUUCCAGCAGUGGCUCCUGUCCUGUCCUUCAGUGUGAGAAGUGCAAUAAAACAGAGGUGUCUCAGCGUCAGCUGCAGGAACUGAGCAAUUCCCGAGGGUUUCUCUGCCCAGCCCAGUUAUUCCAGAGGUUCCUCAAUCUGCAAACUUGACUUACCUUCAAGAGCUAAAAACCCAGUGAGUCAUCCCAGGGACCUUCCUCCUUGGGCACUCCUGGAAGAGCAUCUUUGUUGAAGCUCUGAGGGUCCAGCAAAGAGAGCCUUUGACUCCAAAUCCACAAAGCAGCAGCUCACCUGAUGGUUCUCAGCCAGUGAAUUGUACUGAAGAUUCAAACUUCAAUCACUUUCAAAAAAUACUCCAUUUCACCAUAAAUAAGUGGCUUCUCAUUUUAUAAAUAGAAUGAUAGACCUAUUUCUAUUUAUUUAGAGGUGUUUCUGUCAUUUUUGUUUUUUAAACUCACCCUGUACAAACUGAUUGUGCUUAUUCUGUUGCCUUGGAAAAAAAAGAAGUAUUUUUUUAAGCCAAACUGUGGUUCUGCGAGAAGAGAAUGUUUACAUGUUUAACUUUUCAGUUGCUUUAGGUACAUGUUUUGUAAGUAAAAAAAUAAAAAAUAUUGAUCAAUUGUC